AUGCUUGAAUUUAGUCUGUUGUGGAUCACAAUCAAUACUAGCACUAGUGCCAGCAGCAAUGGCAAUGGCAAUGGCAAUGGCAAUGGUCCCUCUGUUUUCGUUAGUGCAACAGCCGUCGGCUACUACGGCACCAGCGAGACGGACAGCUUCGAUGAAUCCAGCCCAUCAGGCAAUGACUACCUGGCACAUGUAUGCCGAGAAUGGGAGGGCCGGGCACGGCAAGUGAAGCAGGAGCACGUCCGGCUGGUGCUCAUUCGGAUCGGAGUCGUCCUCGGCAAGGACGGCGGCGCUGUGGCCAAGAUGAUCCCCUUCUUCAUGAUGUUUGCCGGCGGGAUGCUCGGCACAGGAACACAAUGGUCUCUGCACUUUUUCUUCUUCUUCUUCUUCUUCUUCUUCUUCUUCUUCUUUGCUAUAUAUAUGUCACAACAAUGUGAUGUGAAUGUGAUGUACAUAUAUAUAGGUUCUGUUGGAUUCAUUUGGACGACCUGGUGGAUCUCAUCUAGAAGAAGACUGCCAUGGUCUGAUUCACACUAGCAUGUUCGUCACCAG